GGGGCCCGCGAGGGGGCGGGGUGGCGGUGCCCUUGCGGCGCAGCCGGGGUCGCGGCGCUGCUCCCCGCGCUUUCUUAAGGCCCGCGGGCGGCGCAGGAGCGGCACUUGUGGCUGUGGCGUCCUCGGCAGCGGCUUCAGCAGCUUGGCAGCAUCAGCGGUAGCACCAGCACCAGCACUAGCAGCAUGUUGAGCCGGGCAGUGUGCGGCACCAGCAGGCAGCUGGCGCCGGCUUUGGGGUAUCUGGGCUCCAGGCAGAAGCACAGCCUUCCCGACCUGCCUUACGACUACGGCGCCCUGGAGCCUCACAUCAACGCGCAGAUCAUGCAGCUGCACCACAGCAAGCACCACGCGGCCUACGUGAACAACCUGAACGUCACCGAGGAGAAGUACCAGGAGGCGCUGGCCAAGGGAGAUGUUACAGCCCAGAUAGCUCUUCAGCCUGCACUGAAGUUUAAUGGUGGUGGUCAUAUCAAUCACAGCAUUUUCUGGACAAACCUCAGCCCUAACGGUGGUGGAGAACCCAAAGGGGAGUUGCUGGAAGCCAUCAAACGUGACUUUGGUUCCUUUGACAAGUUUAAGGAGAAGCUGACGGCUGCAUCUGUUGGUGUGCAAGGCUCAGGUUGGGGUUGGCUUGGUUUCAAUAAGGAACGGGGACACUUACAAAUUGCUGCUUGUCCGAAUCAGGAUCCACUGCAAGGAACAACAGGCCUUAUUCCACUGCUGGGGAUUGAUGUGUGGGAGCACGCUUACUACCUUCAGUAUAAAAAUGUCAGGCCUGAUUACCUAAAAGCUAUUUGGAAUGUAAUCAACUGGGAGAAUGUAACCGAAAGAUACAUGGCUUGCAAAAAGUAAACCACGAUCAUACUGAUCAUACCCUAAUGAUCCCAGCAAGAUAAUGUCCUGUCUUCUAAGAUGUGCAUCAAGCCUGGUACAUACUGAAAAUCCUAUAAGGUCCUGGAUAAUUUUUGUUUGAUUAUUCAUUGAAGAAACAUUUAUUUUCCAAUUGUGUGAAGUUUUUGACUGUUAAUAAAAGAAUCUGUCAAUCAUCAAA